GAGGGUCAAUUGCAGUCAUUUUUGGUCGAUAGACAUACCCCCGAAAUCCUACGUACUUUCGAGAAAAAAAUUCUUUUCCGAAAAUAUAAUAUGAGAUUAGAAAUGUUGCCCUGAAAUUCCAUGCGUAUAUUUUGGAAGAUUUUAAAAUAAAAAGAAUUUUAACUCUAAAAUUCGUAAUGUGGCUUAUGUCUAAUCGACUUAGAAUUAAAAGUCCGUUAGAUGCUAAGGAAAUUCGUCGUUAGUAGUGUCUCUGUUGAUGUACACUGCCUAACGUACGUUUCUUCAACUUGUGCCCCUCUAUGUGACGCAUAAACACAGGUUGUCGGUGACGUUAAAAAGCUUUGGAAAUGUUUCACGUUGUAUCGGAUAAUUAAUAAUUGAUCGUUUAAUUUGCGGUUUAACAUGAAUUGCGACCACCGAAAUACCACACGAUGUUAGAAACAGAUUCCACAGUUUCACCUUAAAUAAUAUUAUUAAUUUUCGAUUGCAUCGUCGGAAAAAAUGGCUUCUGGUAAGAGCACCAGAGAGGUUUUGUUAUCUCUUAUCGAUGACAUCGAACUAAUAACAAAAGAAAUGAUAGAAAACACAAUCGCUCAAAAGCUAUCGAAACUCUCGAGCGAGGAACACGCUCAGCUGACUGAAUUACUGAUUGCCAAAGACGACGAGUUAAAAGCGACUUUGAAACGUGCUGCUGAACAGGCGAAAAUUAAUUUAAAAAUGGAAGCAUUAAAAGUAGAGGUUGAAAGGCAAGAUCAAGAUAUUCGGCAAUUACAGCAGCAAUUAAAAGAAGCUGAACAAAUUCUAGCUACAGCUAUUUAUCAAGCAAAACAAAAGCUACAAUCCAUUGCUCGCGCCAAUAAGAGGCCAGUUCCCUCAGAGGAACUGAUCAAGUAUGCACACAGAAUAAGUGCAUCAAACGCUAUUUGUGCACCACUUACAUGGCAACAAGGAGAUCCUAGGAGACCAUAUCCCACGGAUAUCGAAAUGAGAUUGGGAUAUCUUGGACGACUAAGUGAUCUUCCUUUGAAUGGACAGAUGUUAGGUUCCCACCCUGGAAUACCAGCAGAUUUGCACAGAGCUGGGCAUCCUGUGGGUGAACCACCAGUGUCACAGGCCAAUCAAUUUGCAUGGCAUCCUUCUGGCGAAAUUCAUAUGUCAGUGAGUGGUCAAGGAAGUGUUGCUAUGAAUACUCAUAAACAGGAAACAGAGGAUGUAGAAGUUAUGUCUACAGAUUCUUCAAGUAGUUCCUCCAGUGACUCUCAAUGAUCACUGAUUUAUAAUGCUAGAGUAUGGACCAAGCUUUAUUUACUUGUUAUUAAAGAGAGAACUACAUUUUCUACAAACAACUGGAUUUUUCAAAUGACAAAUUUAUUGUAGUGUAUAGUGCUUUUUAUACUAUUUCUGUAUUUUUAU